AUGCAGAGAUUCAUCUUGUGUUGACUCUAUCAAACUCAACUGUCGUGGCCGUGGAACAAGGAAGAACACUAUUGUUACAGAAGCUAAUCAAGGUCAGGAUUAGAAUAGAUCAGUAUAUAGCAGGAACAGCCCAGAGAAGAUGGGGUUUCUUCUUAUCCUAACAUGUCUGACACUUCCCCUUCUAUGUUCCUGUCAGUAUCAGCCAAACUGGGAUUCUAUUGACUCGAGACCUCUCCCUUCUUGGUAUGAUGAUGCCAAGUUUGGAAUCUUUAUGCACUGGGGUGUUUACUCUGUUCCAAGUUUCUUCAGUGAGUGGUUUUGGGACCGAUGGCAAGGAUCUCCUCCCUUCCCAGAAGUUGUGAACUUCAUGAAACAGAACUUUCGGCCAGGUUUCACAUAUCCCGACUUUGGAUCUAUGUUCACAGCAGAGUUCUUCAACCCCAACACUUGGGCCGACAUCCUGGAAGCAUCUGGAGCCAAUUAUGUUGUCUUGACAAGCAAGCAUCAUGAGGGUUUCACAAACUGGCCUUCGAAUGUUUCUUGGAACUGGAAUGCAAUGGAUCUUGGUCCUAAAAGGGACCUGGUUGGUGAAUUGGCAGCAGCUGUGCGGAAUAAAACCAAGAUUCAUUUCGGCUUGUACUUCUCGCUCUUUGAAUGGUUCCACCCGCUUUAUUUGCAGGACAAAGCAAAUGGCUUCAAGACAAGAUUGUACCGAGAUCAAGUUGCAAUGCCGCAACUGAUGGAUAUUGUGAAUAGCUAUCACCCUGAGGUGGUCUGGUCAGACGGAGGUAUUGGUCCAGAUUCCUACUGGAACAGCACAGAAUUCUUGGCAUGGCUCUACAAUGAAAGUCCUGUUAAGGAUACCGUCGUUGUGAAUGACCGUUGGUAUCUUGGUUGUUCAUGCAAACAUGGCGGAUACUAUACCUGUAGUGACAGAUACGAUCCUGGGAAACUGCAAAACCACAAGUGGGAGAAUUGCAUGACAGUGGACACAAAAUCAUGGGGAUACGUACGAACAACUCCGCUGAAAGACAUCUUCGACAUUCAUGGGCUGAUCACAAAGCUUGUCAGAACAGUCAGCUGUGGGGGCAACCUUCUCCUCAACAUCGGGCCGACCCACGAUGGGCGCAUCGUGCCUAUCUUUGAGGAGCGUCUUCGUCAGAUGGGGUCGUGGUUAAAGGUCAACGGCGAGGGCAUCUAUUCCUCUGUUCCAUGGAGGUUGCAGAACGACACAGUGAAUCCUGAUGUCUGGUACACCACUACCAAGAGAGCAGAUAAUGUCUAUGCUUUCCUACUGAAAUGGCCGGCAAACAACACGGUGUACCUCGACGGCCCUUAUGCCAAGACCAACACCGAAGUCACCUUGUUAGGGUAUCCUCAAGCGCUCAAAUGGCAAAUAGGACCCAAGCUGCAUGGGAUGGACAUAAUGCUUCCAUUCCUGAAUCCCUCUACAACUCCAUGUAAGUGGGCCUGGGUGUUGAAGCUGAAGAACAUCAUCUAAGUCAUGCUUGGCAUAUGGCAAGCAUUAGACAAAGCCAUGCCACCUGUUCUGGAACUAGAAUCGUGCUAUCAAUCUUAGCAAAGUACAGCAAAGAAGUGUUUUAACUUCCGUAACAGUAAUUGUUACGGAGGUUAAUGCACUUUAUAUAGCAAAGGAAAUUAGAAAUCUUAAGUUCUAAAGAAGAUGCCAAUAUUCAAAAUUUGUAGUAUGAAUUAUUUAAAAUUCUAAAAGCAUUAAAUAUCAUAUAUAAUUCUCGGGAAAUUGUUUUUUGCUGGCAAUUUUCCCUCUUUUCGGUGAUGUUGAAAAUAAGGUGUGUAAUAAUAAUUUGACAAGGAUGAAUAGCUAUCAUUUUUAUGGGUAAAUAGGUGGACGGUACCUUAUAUGAUUUAUAUCUGUAUGAUCCAGAGUGAUUCAGUAAAGCACAAAUUUGUAGCAUAUUCAAGAAAAAAUGUUACGGAAGUUAAUGCGUUACGGAAGUUAAUGUCUUUAUGCUUGAUGGUCCAACGUGGUCCUUAUUUAGUAGCCAUACCUUUGAAAAUUGUAUUUAUUAUGAAAUGUGUCUCUUAUUCUAUAUAAUACUGAAUCCUUAACAGAACUGCCAAAGUGCAUAUUUUCUUAUGGUGCGUUACGGAUGUUAAAGCUGUUUAGUCAUACUUUUUAUUUUUUAAGAAUAGUCCUUUAUUUCCGUGUAAUACAGGAAACACAUAGGAUAAUUCCCUAUCAAUUAUUUAUUAAUGAAUAUCACUCUACUUGUAGACACAUUAUCACAUAAUAUCAUUCAGUAUGAAUGGGAGAAAAAACUUGUGGCAGUAUUCGUUACGGAGGUUAAAAUGAAUUUGGGACAAAGUUAAAAGUGAAAUUAAUCACAAAGGGAUCAUCAAAUACUAGGAUAAGCGCAGUAUGUCGGACGUUUACACCAAGCUGCCCUCACCAGACAUUAAUGUAGGUAAGAAAUACAGACUACUUAGGAAAGAGAAUGAUAGUAAAAUCUAAAACUGACCCGAGACAGCGUCGAUUCUAACAAAAAGCAAAAAUAAAAGGCUUUUGUAAUAAAAUUAGAGCUUUACUAGUCACUGGUCGCAUAUGCUUUGUGGAGCUAGUCUAUUAUUGUCAUUUUCUUGAUAAUAUUUUUGUAGAAAAUGUUCAGGGUUGUGAAGCUAGUGGCCAUAAGAUAGUCGAGACACGUUUUUUGUGAAUUGUAACAUUUUUUUGAGAAUGACCCAGUAGUACAGGAGAUGGUUUGCUUUAUGGUAUAUUCUGUUUGUUAAGAAAAUGUAAUCAAUAUUUUGUUGUUGUAAGGUAACUCAAAGUAUGAUUUUAAUCUUUCCCCUGAAUGUUUAGAGCCAAUUGACCUUUUAUAGUAAUUUUUACAUAUAUUGGCCCAUAUUCUGAAGUUCUCAAGUUGUGGUUUAACUAUGGAUAGCCAAUUGCGACACAAACAUUUGAUAGUACAGGUUCGAUUUAUCCUCUCAUCUCUUUACUCGAGUCAUUCAUAACUGUCUGGGAACAAGUUAAAGGACAAGUCCACCCCAACAAAAAGUUGAUUUGAAUAAAAAGAGAAAAAUCCAACAAGCAAAACACUGAAAAUUUCAUCAAAAUCGCCUGUGAAAUAUGAAAGUUAAUGAUAUUUUAAAAUUUUGCUUAAUUUCACAAAACUGUUACAUGCACAUCCUGCUCAGUAUGAAAAUGAGGAGAUGGAUGAUGUCAUCCACUCACUAUUUCUUUUGUAUUUUAAUAUAUCAAAUAUGAAAUAUUCUAAUUUUCUCCUCAUUGUCAAUACAAGUGAAACAACGAUUAAUUCCCCCCUGAACCUGUGGAUUUAGCACUGUUUAAUACUAUGUGGUUCAGUCAAGUUGGUCCUUACUGUCAAAUAUAUAAAAAAUGAAAUAUAGUAUAAUUCA